GUGGUGUUUUCAGUGUGUUCAUUCGAGUGGUGUAGUCAGUUGGCCGGUAUCUCAGUCGGUGGACAUUGUUAACAAAAGCCCAACUUGAAGGACCUCGCGGCGCCUGUGCUUAGUUGCCUAAAAAUGCGUUUACGUUGCUGAAUCUUAGGCAGUUGCGCACUCACAAGACGCUGAGGCAGGGAAGGCUUACACUUGAAGAUGCUAGUGCGGCGCGUAAUUCUAAUGCGCCCAGCACUCACGAGACGACCCUGCUGCAGACUAGGAGCUUAGGGCCGCGCGGGCCGCUCUCUGACAAUGCGCGGGGUGUCCGCGGUGCUAUGGCGUCUGGUGUCCCCUCCUCGUGUCCUCUACUUCACUGCGGGCUAUGUCUUGGUGGCACUGCGCAUGGCAGGGACACUGCAAUAUGUGAGCCUCGACGAGGGUUCGCCUCGUUCUUGGUCCACGCUUGAGGACCUUGGGAAACUCCAUGUAGGCCUUGGACCUCAACAGGCGCUUCUUGGCACUUCUUGCUUGCCGCCCCUAUUACAGCGCUCAUCUGAUGCAAGCGCCAGCGCCUCUGCACGAAAGCCGCCACAGAGAAGAGCUCCCUCCAGGCGCUAUUUUCCUCGUCGGGGGCUCCACGGAAUUUUGGCCGAGACACAUCGAGCACCCACUAGGCCUUCGCUCUGCAAGUCGCUGCCUGCGAGCGUUGCUCCAUGGAACGGGUAUCGUGCAGCGUACUCGACGUCUUGGGACGAUGGCAACGACGCGCAAGUCACCUUCGUCUCCUCUUUUUAAGGCCUCACUAUCUAAUUCAUCUUUGACCGCGUCGGUCCUUGAAAAGUAUGGAGAAGCAUUACCUGCGGGGACUUAAUGCUCCCUCAAAGACGCACUCCUCAGGGACAAUGAUGCACUUGAAGAUGGACUGCGGUCACUUCUAAUCUUUGCUUCACGCUUUCGGGAUCGAGGCAACCUUUUACAUCUCCGCGGUGUUUAUGAUGCACCCUACAGAUAAGCCGACUCCGGACCAGUUAGUUCGCAAGUGGGACUUCUUGCGAGCCAACAUGCUAGGCAAACACGAAAUAGGCGCGCACACAGUACGACACCCCAACCUCGAAAGGACGCAUAAUCUUACCGCUGCGAUAAUCGACGACGAAUUUGCGAGGACUGCAAGAGCGUUUUCGGAAGAGCUGCCGCCAGGAUACAACUCUGAAGCCGUGCUCGGUAUCGGAGGUAGUCGCGGCCCUGUUCCUGGUGACUUCGUUCCUGGUGCUCGAGUCGGCAGUCGGUUUGAAGGUGUUGCACGCACAGGCUGGGAAGUCCAGAGCUGGGAAAGGGCGUUGGCCUUGGUGAAUACAAGCGGGUGGCCGUCUACUAUCGAAUACGCAGGAAUGUGGAACCGGUACCAGAGUCGUGCAGCACGGACGCUCAGCCAAGUGAAGAGUGACUCAGUGCCGAGCUUCGCAUGGCCUGGCGGAGGUAACACGGAUCUCUCGAAGAGUGUGGCACGCAGCUGGUAUCGAUCAGCGCGUGGGAUCAGUUGCGGCAUGGUACCGUGGUGGCCACACCUGUCGCAAGUGCUGGAUGGACACUCUUCCGAAAAGGAGGCUCGAUUAAUGAGCUCAAUACAACUCAAUUCAUGAUUUUUACAACGCGUUUCUCCCUGUUUCCUUCUACUCAGGAGUGGGAAAAAUGCAGGAGCUCCCAAGAAAUGAAUUGCUGGCUUUGCGCUCUAAGUCUAACUCGACGGGACGUAAGCAUGCCCGUAGAUUGGAUGAAUCUGCCCGGUUGCGAAUACAUGAAAGGACCCGGUCUUUGGGACAUGAGUCGGGUACAUGACGACCAACUCCGUGGCACUUUUCGGGAUCGCCUCUGGCUCAUCGGUUUCGGGCAUGGCGCAAAAUCUUGCAUGACGGUUGACCCGUCUAUAGAGGGGGAUCGCGGCGGUCCAGCGAUGAAACAAAGUCCAGAGAGAGCGCUCCGGAAUCGGCUCCGGCGUCUACUGGACACCAAGAUAGACUACCUUCUCAAGGAUGACGUAGAUUCACGGCGUAAACUCCACGAGCUGCUAACGCAGCAUCUCAAGGUCCCUGCCCUGUGGAGCGACGUUGGCAUACCAGUGAACGCGAGCAAGUACAAAAAUGCAGGCGUCGCGAAAGUCGCGGGCGGGGAGUUGGUUACAGCUAUCAAAAACAGGAACACUGCGGAGGUUCUCGAGUGCCGCCAUGGCUGGGGGGCUGUUGGGGCGCUGGAAUUGGUCCGCCACGUUCGACACCUUUUUUCGGUAUACAAACAUCAAGACCCUAUUGGCGGGGGCGCCUACGCUGUGGGCGAUGGAAACUUCACUCAAAAUCUGUGGGUCGCGAGUGUCGGCAGAAUAACAGCCUACCUUCAGGCAGCUCAAUUCGUCCGGCUCUUUGCUGAGCUUCUUAAGCCGCGCGGCAGUGCGUCGCACAACGUCCACAAGCACACCGUGGGAGUCGCUCUCCAAUUCAGAAUACACCAGCUCGAAGAUGUCCGACGCUCAGCUGGGGCUGCGUCGCUAGAUCUUGAAAAAAACCAAAGCACCGAAAGGGGUGAAAAGAAUCAAGGAGAUCAUCGGAAAGGCAAUGAUGUCCAGAAGGAGCAGAGGAAGCAAGAGCAAAUACGACAAAAGGAGACACAGCAAGACAAACACAAGCAAACGCCCGAGGUCGAUAUUGAUGCGGCGCUGUUCGGUCGGAAUUUUCCGCACAGAUUUGCGAACAGACAGCACAUUGCUCAGGUGCCGCUCGCAGCGCACGUGUGGCUCGAGGGAUUUCGGAUUUCUUGCAAAGCACGGAGGAAGGCCGACAGACGUGACCCAGCAGUUCCGCCUGCCUCUCCGAUAGUGAACACUCCAGCAUCUUGGUGCCCGUGUGAGUGCGUGGUCCGCCCCAGAAGCCUAUCACCGAGGCGCGCGCGAGAUGCAGAUCAUUCUAUACCUACAACACCUGGCACAGCACAUUCCUCCUACGUUAAGAGUUGGAAGUGGACCUUUCUAAGUGCAUCUCUGUGGUUUCUUCAAGUAGGAAAGCCAUAAAUAUGCGAGCUAGAGCGGUCAACGUUCAAGCCCUAACUACGCGUGGUGCGAGCGGCAACAUUCGGGGACAUUGUUGCUGAUACGCGGGUUGCGCCCAGACCCGAAGAUGGUGUAUAUUGCGAACUGCAGGACGGAGUGAGUAGAGAACUAUUCAAAAGUUGGAUGAUUUUUGUGAAGGGAAUUGAGGAGGGGGCAACGCAAACGGAGGUGGCGACGAUGAGCCUAGACCCUUUGCCAAAUAGAAUAAAGUCUGGCGCCUGAGCGGUGCGUAACAAGAAAUAGUUUGUGCUGUACGAAAAUGAAAGUGUGAGGCUUUGCACUCACCUUUUGAUUGAAAUUAUCUACCGGACUUUUCAUUCAUUCUUGUCACAUCGAGCAUCGAACAACUAAAGUAAUAUGAAUACUUUUUUUUUACAACACGUAGAGGAGGUUUACGUACAACACCUAGGUAGACGUUAAAUGUUGAAAUAGUUGUCUUAUUCAGAUAUGUGUUUUAGUUCUUGCCAAAGCUGGAGGAGGCUUCAGUACACCGUCGUGAGUAAAAAAAGUUCAAAAGUUCUUUUAUCUACUCUUCACAAGUUUACUAGUGGAUUUCCGGGAAGGGUUGGCACAAAACAUGCAAAACAAGUGCUAAAUGAAGAAAGUAAAGAAAGGCCUCUGCCGCUGAUCACUGCGGAUAUUAUAGCAGAUCGUGAUGGGUCGUGAGUGUCAGAUGAUAGACGCCAAGGUUUGAACAGUCACUCCAUGUUUUUACGGUUUGGCUUUCUUUCUUGCUGACCUCAACAGUGACCUGGUUAGAAAUAUGUAAGGAUAAGGGGAGAGACUCACACUGCAAAUGCAAUAAGAAGCACGAAGCUGGGCCCCUCGUAUAGUAGCCUCAGACUACUCAAGUAAAAAACAAAAACUCUGAAAGUUUCAAACCCACACUCAAGCUGCUGCUUAAUGAGAGAGAGAGGAAGACCUAGGGAGGAAAUAAAAAAGAAAACAAGGGCUCAUGUUGAUCAUGCAGCUCAGAAAUAAUUUAUUAGGUCCUAGUGACGAGUGAACGAAUUCGAAUUAUACCAAAACCAAUAACAUUAAUACGAUUACGAAGAAAUUAUACCAUUAACUAAGUAGCUGCUUCGAGGAGGAUUACGAACCAAUUAUAACAUUACGUAGCUGCUUCCUAGAGGAUAUGCAUAUGAUAACGAUUGCCUCUCAGCACACUCACUACUAACAAAGAAUUAUAACGUAUGUUUCAUCCAAUAUUGAUGAUCUG